GCCAACUCCGCUCCCAGCGCACUCGGCUGCCCAGGCGCUCGGGACGCAGCAGCGGCGCUCCUCCGCGGUGCCGAUCGCCCGCGAUGCCCGCUUAAGAGCGUGCGGCAGCGGCCAGCAUCACCACCCCCGCGGCACCGCGCUCCCGGCCGAGGAGCGGGGCCAGAGCCGCGCACCCCUGCCCCGGCCCCCACCCCGCCCCCCGCCCUGAAAUGACUUGUUAAUCGGCGCAGACACCACCAAGGGGACUCACCGGAGUGGAAUCCAAGUGGAAUUUGGAUUUGGAGAAGAGUUUUUUGAACCUUUACCCCUCUUCCUUGUUGGUUUUCUCCCUUUUUCUUCUUCUUUUGCUUCUUCUUCUUCUUUUUUUUUUGUUUGGCCGUCUUUUUUUCCUCGCUUCUCUCCGACCGUCAUUGGAGAUGAACACAGCGCGCUUGCAUCCCAGAAAGUAGUCGCCGCGACUGUUGCCCCCAAAGAGACAAGCACACAUGUAGGAAUGACAAAGGCUUGCGAAGGAGAGAGCGCAGCUCGCGGCCCAGAGGGAUCCCCUCAAUAAUGGAUUACUAAAUGGGAUACACGCUGUGCCAGUCCGCUCCGAGCCCCGGCCUUCUGCCCGUCGAUGCACCGAAAAGGGUGAAGUAGAAAAAUAAAGUCCCCCCGCUGAACUACUAUGAGGUCAGAAGCCUUGCUGCUAUAUUUCACACUGCUACACUGUGCUGGGGCUGGCUUCCCAGAAGAUUCUGAGCCAAUCAGUAUUUCGCAUGGCAACUAUACAAAACAGUAUCCGGUGUUUGUGGGCCACAAGCCAGGACGGAACACCACACAGAGGCACAAACUGGACAUCCAGAUGAUUAUGAUCAUGAACAGAACCCUGUACAUUGCUGCUAGGGACCAUAUUUAUACUGUUGAUAUAGACACAUCACACACAGAAGAAAUUUAUUGUAGCAAAAAACUGACAUGGAAAUCUAGACAGGCCGAUGUAGACACAUGCAGAAUGAAGGGAAAACAUAAGGAUGAGUGUCACAACUUUAUUAAAGUUCUUCUAAAGAAAAACGAUGAUAUGUUGUUUGUCUGUGGAACUAAUGCCUUCAACCCUUCCUGCAGAAACUAUAAGAUGGAUACUUUGGAACCUUUUGGGGAUGAAUUUAGUGGAAUGGCCAGAUGCCCUUAUGACGCCAAACAUGCCAACGUCGCACUGUUUGCAGAUGGUAAACUGUACUCAGCCACGGUGACUGACUUCCUUGCCAUCGACGCAGUCAUUUACCGGAGCCUGGGAGACAGCCCCACCCUGCGGACUGUCAAGCACGAUUCAAAAUGGUUAAAAGAACCAUACUUUGUCCAAGCGGUGGAUUAUGGAGACUAUAUCUACUUCUUCUUCAGGGAAAUAGCAGUGGAGUACAACACCAUGGGAAAGGUAGUUUUCCCAAGGGUGGCUCAGGUUUGUAAGAACGACAUGGGAGGGUCUCAGAGAGUCCUGGAGAAGCAGUGGACAUCUUUCCUGAAGGCGCGCCUGAACUGCUCCGUUCCCGGAGACUCCCACUUUUACUUCAACAUACUCCAGGCAGUUACAGAUGUGAUUCGUAUUAAUGGCCGUGAUGUUGUCCUGGCAACCUUUUCCACACCUUAUAAUAGCAUCCCUGGGUCUGCAGUCUGUGCCUAUGACAUGCUUGAUAUUGCCAAUGUUUUUACUGGGCGAUUCAAGGAACAGAAGUCUCCCGAUUCCACCUGGACACCAGUCCCUGAUGAACGAGUUCCUAAACCCAGGCCGGGUUGCUGUGCUGGCUCAUCCACCUUAGAAAAAUAUGCAACCUCCAAUGAGUUUCCUGAUGAUACCCUGAACUUCAUCAAGACGCACCCACUCAUGGAUGAGGCAGUGCCUUCCAUCUUCAACAGGCCAUGGUUCCUGAGGACGAUGGUCAGAUACCGCCUGACCAAAAUUGCAGUGGACACCACUGCUGGGCCAUAUCAGAAUCACACUGUGGUUUUUCUGGGAUCAGAGAAGGGAAUCAUCUUGAAGUUCUUGGCCAGGAUAGGAAACAGUGGUUUUCUAAAUGACAGCCUUUUCCUGGAGGAGAUGAGCGUUUACAACCCCGAAAAAUGCAGCUACGAUGGAGUGGAAGACAAGAGGAUCGUGGGCAUGCAGCUGGACAGAGCCAGCAGCUCCCUGUAUGUCGCGUUCUCUACCUGUGUGAUAAGGGUGCCCCUCGGCCGGUGCGAACGACACGGGAAGUGUAAAAAAACCUGCAUCGCCUCCAGAGACCCAUACUGCGGGUGGGUGAAGGAAGCCGGUGCCUGUGCCCAUCUGUCACCCAGCAGCAGACUGACUUUUGAGCAGGACAUAGAGCGCGGCAAUACAGAUGGUCUGGGGGACUGUCACAAUUCCUUUGUGGCACUGAAUGACAUUUCAACUCCUCUACCAGAUUAUGAAAUGUCUUACAACACUGUGUAUGGGCACUCCAGUUCCCUCUUGCCCAGCACCACUGCGUCAGAUUCGGCGGCUCAAGAGGGGUAUGAGUCUAGGGGAGGAAUGCUGGACUGGAAGCAUCUGCUCGAUUCACCUGACAGCACAGACCCUUUGGGGGCAGUGUCUUCCCAUAAUCACCAAGACAAGAAGGGAGUGAUUCGGGAAAGUUACCUCAAAGGCCACGACCAGCUCGUUCCCGUCACCCUGUUGGCCAUUGCGGUCAUCCUGGCUUUUGUCAUGGGGGCCGUCUUCUCGGGCAUCAUCGUAUACUGCGUCUGCGAUCACCGGCGCAAAGACGUGGCCGUGGUGCAGCGCAAGGACAAGGAGCUCACGCACUCGCGCCGGGGCUCCAUGAGCAGCGUCACCAAGCUCAGUGGCCUCUUUGGGGACCCCCAGUCCAAAGACCCCAAGCCGGAGGCCAUCCUCACACCGCUCAUGCACAACGGCAAGCUCACCACUCCCGGCAACACGGCCAAGAUGCUCAUCAAGGCCGACCAGCACCAUCUGGACCUCACGGCCUUGCCCACGCCCGAGUCCACCCCGACGCUGCAGCAGAAGCGGAAGCCCAACCGAGGCAGCCGCGAAUGGGAGCGGAACCAGAACCUCAUCAAUGCCUGCACCAAGGACAUGCCCCCCAUGGGCUCCCCUGUGAUCCCCACGGACCUGCCCCUCCGGGCCUCCCCCAGCCACAUCCCCAGCGUGGUGGUCCUUCCCAUCACGCAGCAGGGCUACCAGCAUGAGUACGUGGACCAGCCCAAAAUGAGCGAGGUGGCCCAGAUGGCGCUGGAGGACCAGGCCGCCACCCUGGAAUAUAAGACCAUCAAGGAGCAUCUCAGCAGCAAGAGUCCCAACCACGGGGUGAACCUUGUGGAGAACCUGGACAGCCUGCCCCCCAAAGUCCCACAGCGGGAGGCCUCCCUGGGCCCUCCGGGAGCCUCCCUGUCUCAGAAUGGCCUGAGCAAACGGCUGGAAAUGCACCACUCCUCCUCCUACGGGGUUGACUAUAAAAGGAGCUACCCCACGAACUCGCUCACGAGAAGCCACCAGGCCACCACUCUCAAAAGAAACAAUACUAACUCCUCCAAUUCCUCUCACCUCUCCAGAAACCAGAGCUUUGGCAGGGGGGACAACCCGCCCCCCGCCCCGCAGAGGGUGGACUCCAUCCAGGUGCACAGCUCCCAGCCGUCCGGCCAGGCCGUGACUGUCUCGAGGCAGCCCAGCCUCAACGCCUACAACUCACUGACCAGGUCGGGGCUGAAGCGUACGCCCUCCCUAAAGCCGGACGUGCCCCCCAAACCUUCCUUUGCUCCCCUUUCCACAUCCAUGAAGCCUAACGAUGCGUGUACAUAAUCCCAGGGGGAGGGGGUCAGGUGUCGAACCAGCAGGCAAGGCGAGGUGCCCGCUCAGCUCGGCACGGUUCUCAACUGCCUCGAGUACCCACCAGACCAGGAUGGCCCGCGGCAGAGUUGAGGACGCCGGGUCCUCCCCUCUGGGACAUGGGGGUACUCACGACAAUUGGGCCAUACGGUUUGGUGAAGGUUUGCAACCGCGGGGACUCACCUCCAUCCUCUUCCUUCACUCUCCCCCACACCCCACAACAGGUCGGACCCACAAAAGACUUCUGUUAUCAUCACAAACAUGAGCCAAAAGCACAUACCCACUCCAUGCCCCCAUUCACACACACACACACACACACACACACACACACAAAACACACAACACACACAUACAGAGGUCAACAGCAACUGCAACAUUUUGUCCAUGACUGCAUGGGGCGUUGCCAAACUGGGCUAGUGCUCCAAACUGCAAAACACAGACACAUGUUUAAAAGUCAUGAAAAUUAAAAAAGACAAAAAAAAGAAUUCAUUGAUAAUUCUAACUCAGACUUUUAACCAUGGCAGAAGUUUACUAUGCGCAGAUACUGUGAAAUGCCCACCAGUGUUACAGCUUUCUGUUAUAGCAGCAGACAAAGGCCGUGUUGGGCAACUAUGUCAUAGAUUUCUGCUCCUCCUCUCUUUUAAUGAAAUAACGUGACCGUUAACGCAAGUAACUCUUUAUUUAUUGUUCACCCCUUUUUUCCUUAAGGAAAGGACUCUUCCACAUGUCAUCCUCUGAACAGCUCUUCUGAAAGCCCAUCGAAAGUUAAACUAUUUAACGUGAAACCCAUUAACUGGAAUAAUUGAGUUUCUUUAUUUUUACAAUAAAUUCACUGAGUAAAUAA